AUGCGCAAGGGGACCGCCGCCCUCAAGCGUCAGCAGGUGGCGCAGCUGCGCCAGCAUCAUCAGCAGCUACUGGCUGCCGCUCCGGAGCUGGCGUUGGCCUCCUCCUCGCGCCUGGCUGCGGCCCUGAUCUCGUCGGCGGUGGCCUUGAGCGCCUCAUCCGCGAGCCUUGUAAAUAAUCAUCACCACGGCCAUAUGCAACAACAACAGCAGCAGCAGCAACAGCUGGCGCUGCCUCAGCCGCCACAGGCGCGCCAUCAUCACCAUCAGGCAACAUCUCACAGGCAUCACCAUCACCACCACCACCACUCACAUCACCACUCGCACCACCAUCAUCAUCAGUGUCGCUCGAAACGCAAACUGCAGAAAUUGUAUUAUACGCUUUGCCGUUAGAUCUGUAACUUAACUAUAUCUAUGUAUACUUGUAUGAGAGAAAGUUUCUUAGAACCACCAGCAUCAGCAGCAUCUAGAUUAAGUCAGUUCGCACACCUACCAACUUCCUUUUAUCUUACCAGUCCAGUGUUUUUUGUAUAUGUAUUUAUUUAUUCCAAUUCUUUUUUUUUGUACUCUUAAACAUCUCAUUUUUUUAAUUGGCCCUAAACUGAAAGAAAAAUCUCAUCAGUGCAAUAAUAUACAUAAAUCUAAAGAUAUAUAUCUAUAUAUAUAUAUAUAUAUGCAUAUAUAUAUGCUGAUUUUAAAAUCAUUUCUUAUUUUAUACAAACACUCCAAGCUAUUUAUUGUAAUUGAAAAAGAUUUGUGAUUUGCGCACAUGAUAUAAACUUUGUAGAGCAUCCACUAUAUUUGUAGCGUGUCUCAAGCAAUUUUCGUUUUAAGUACCCCAAGGAAUUUAUAUAUCAUCAGCACAGACGCGUUAACCUAACCAGCCCAGAACACACACACACACACCCCACAAAGCCCUCUGAUUAAGUAUUACUUAGCGUACGUAAGCUUUACUUUAAGUUGCAUAUGGCAAGAAAACCACAACAAAAUGUACUUUACUUAGGUCGAUCCUCAGUUUCGAUCGCGAACUGGGGGCAAAGUAUCAAAUUUGUGAGGCGAGUCGAGAAUCAGCAGUCUUCUCGUCCAGGCAUAGUAUACGUAUACGUAGUUUUUUCUGAUUGUGCUGGGCAAGUCAAAGAAGUACUCAAUGCGAAUAAAGUGAAUUUGCCAAGUCAGAUCCGAGAAUAAUUGUAAUGGCGCGCGUUCCUUAAACUAAAUAUAUCGAUAUGGAUAUCAUUACCGCUUCCGCUUAUCCAACAAACAAGACAAACCGUAAACCGAGAGAAUCCAAUUAAUCUUAAAGUGCAUAGAAGGGAAUAAUUACACAAAAUUUCGUACCUUUGUAGAAUUUGCAGUUCAAAAUUGCUUUAGAGUUUGUCGGUGUACAUUUUACGAAUUAAAAUUGCACAUACCUUUUUAGGCAAGAACCCUAUUAACUAAAAUUACAGACGGUCAUACCAUAUGAAUGUGUAUGUAGAUGUAAAUUGAACAUUAUAAAUGAAAACGCUGCGAAUUUGAAACCAAAUAAGUUCAGAGAAAGUCAAGCAAAGAAAUCUAAUAGAGUUCCCAAUGUAAAUUCUACUGAUUUAUGUGAGUCUGGUAAUAAAAUGAAUAAGCA